AUUAGAUGAUCUCACAAAACACAUUCCUUUGUAGCACACUUUACCCCAUUUUGAUCUUCAGGUGCCAGGGUAAAAGAUAGAUGUUAGGAACUGGAUGCACACUGCUGCACAGUUCAACUCAUUGGAGGCAGAUCUAAAUAGUACGCAUGUGGACUUUCCCCCCACAGAUGGGCCAUAGAGUGGCCAUACAAUGAGUCUGUCAUAAGCAGCCCCAGUCCUCUUACACUACAGUCUGGACAGGAGUGGCACACUGUGCAGGGGAGCUUCCCCUCUCUGAGGAAGAAGUUGACCGGUUGGAAAUCUCUCUCUGUAAUUCCUCUACUUUCUUCUGGAGUUCUGCUCGUUUUGCCAGAAGUUCCUUAUAUCUGUUAUGAAUAGGCUCCUGGGGUUUCAUCCUCGGAUUCCACCUUAUGUAAUAUCCCACCCAGAGCUCUAAAUGGCACAUGCUGGCUCCUGGAUAGAGAACGUGAUUGGAGUAGCUCCCAUAGAAAGGCUUGGUGAAGUCUUCUAGCUGGCUGUUGAUAUAAGACCACAAUGACACAGUCCUUUUAGGUAGAUUCUCUUUUCCUCUUUGCUGUUCACUAUUACAGAGGAAUGUCCCAAAUAAACAGCUGUAAAGGUGGUGCCUCUAGUCGAGGUGAAAAUUCUUAUGGACUGGAAACUGUAUGCAAGGAUAUUAGGAAUUUGCGAUUUGCUCAUAAACCUGAGGGGCGAACAAGAAGAUCUAUAUUUGAGAAUCUGAUGAAAUAUGCAUUUCCUGUUUCUAACAGCCUGCCUCUGUUUGCUUUUGAGUACAAAGAAGUAUUUCCUGAGAAUGGAUGGAAACUCUAUGACCCUCUUUUGGAAUAUCGAAGGCAGGGCAUUCCAAAUGAGAGCUGGAGAGUAUCAAAGGUAAAUGAGCGCUAUGAACUCUGUGACACAUACCCCGCCCUCUUGGUCGUGCCCGCAAAUAUUCCUGAUGAAGAACUAAAGAGAGUGGCAUCCUUCAGGUCCAGGGGCCGAAUUCCAGUUUUAUCAUGGAUUCAUCCUGAAAGUCAAGCCACAAUCACUCGAUGCAGCCAGCCCAUGGUAGGAGUGAGUGGAAAGCGAAGCAAGGAGGAUGAGAAAUACCUUCAAGCCAUCAUGGAUUCUAACGCUCAGUCGCAUAAAAUCUUUAUUUUUGAUGCUCGGCCCAGCGUUAAUGCUGUAGCCAAUAAGGCCAAGGGUGGAGGUUAUGAAAGUGAAGAUGCCUAUCAAAAUGCAGAGCUGGUUUUUCUGGAUAUCCAUAAUAUUGAUGUGAUGAGAGAAUCAUUACGAAAACUUAAGGAGAUUGUGUACCCCAACAUUGAAGAGACUCACUGGUUGUCUAACUUGGAGUCUACUCAUUGGUUAGAACAUAUUAAGCUUAUCCUUGCAGGGGCUCUUAGGAUUGCUGACAAGGUGGAGUCAGGGAAGACAUCAGUGGUGGUGCACUGCAGUGACGGCUGGGACCGCACAGCUCAGCUCACCUCCCUGGCCAUGCUCAUGCUGGAUGGCUACUACAGAACCAUACAAGGGUUCCAAGUCCUUGUAGAGAAGGAGUGGCUAAGCUUUGGACAUUGAUUCCAGCUGCGAAUUGGCCAUGGAGAUAAGAACCACGCAGAUGCGGACAGAUCACCUGUUUUCCUCCAAUUUAUUGACUGUGUCUGGCAAGUGACAAGA